AUGAGGAGAGGUAGAAAGCGUUCGAGGAAAUCCGCACAAAUUGGGGAUGAGGGCAAUUUGGGAAAUCGAAGUUUGAGAAAAAGGAAGAGUGAAGUUGAAGCUGGAGGUUCUUCUAAGAAGAAAUGUACUAAAAGCUCAGAUGUAAAAUGGAAGUCCUCAAUGUGCCAUCAGUGUCAGAGGAAUGAUAGGGCCAGAGUUGUUAACUGCACAAAUUGCAAGCGAAAGCGGUUUUGUGUGUCUUGCAUUCAGAAAUGGUAUCCCCAGAUGUCAGAGGAGACUAUUGCUGACGCUUGUCCUGUAUGCCUUGGAAAUUGCAAUUGCAAAGCGUGCUUGUGUUUGGAAGGAACUAAUGAUAUUUUGAAUAGCAAGCUUGAAUUGCAUGUUAGCAAAGAUGAAGAAGUGGAGCACUCUAAGUAUUUGCUUGAAGCACUGCUUCCAUUCUUGAAGAGAUUUAAUGAUGAACAAGUUAUUGAGCUGGAGAUGGAGGCUAGGAGGCAAGGAAAAUAUCUAUCGGAGCUAAAAAUACAAAGGUCGGACAGCUCUCCGAAUGAUCGAGUGUACUGCGACAACUGCAAUACAUCUAUCAUUGAUUUCCACAGAAGCUGUCCUAUAUGUUCAUAUGACCUUUGCCUUAUCUGCUCCCGAGAGAUUCGGGAGGGGAACCUGCAAGGAAGUGCAGAGGAAGUGGUUGAUGAGUAUAUUAAUCGAGGUGGUGCUGACUCAAGAAGCACUGAAUUGAGGAAAGCAGCUUCUCGAGAGGAUUCAGAGGACAACUACUUGUACUGUCCAAGGGGCAGAAAUAACCAUGAAGACUUUAAGGAUUUUCGUUGUCAUUGGAUCCAGGGUGAGCCUGUGAUUGUGGGCAAUGUGCUUGAAAGUGCGACAGGUUUGAGUUGGGAACCAUUUGUUAUGUGGCGUGCUUGUCGUCAGAUCCAAAAUUCAGGGCAUGGUAGACAUGUGGAAUUUAAGGCCAUCGAUUGCUUGGAUUGGUGCGAGCUAGAUAUCAAUAUCGUCCAAUUUUUUAAUGGAUACUUGGAGGGCCAGUUUGAUGGGAAAAUGUGGCCGCGAAUUCUGAAACUCAACGAUUGUUCCCUGGAUGAUUAUCUGGAGAAGCGCCUUCCUCGUCAUUGUGCUGAGUUUAUUUGUUGCUUGCCAUUUAAGGAAUAUACCCAUCCUAGCAGUGGCUCUCUGAACCUUGCUGUAAAAUUGCCUCCGGAGUGUGUAAAGCCAGACAUGGGACCAAAGAUGUACAUUGCUUAUGGUGUGUCCCAGGAGCUUGGACGUGGAGAUUCAGUAACUAAGCUUCACUGUGAUUCGUGUGAUGUGGUAUGUUUUUCUGUGAAUGUUUUGACACAUACUGCCGAAGUGACAAUCACUGCUGAGCAACUUUGUACUAUAGAAGAGUUGAAAAAAAAACACAUUGAACAAGACCGAAGGGAAAUGUUUGGAAAUUAUGAUACUGUGGAUGACAAUGAAUCCAUGUCUGAAAAGAAUGCAGAGGGAGGUGCUUUAUGGGAUAUUUUUCGACGACAGGAUGUUCCUAAGCUGCAGGAAUAUCUAUUAAAGCAUUACAAGGAAUUCAGGCACACAUACUGUUGUCCAUUGCAGCAGGUUACUCAUCCCAUACAUGAUCAGACCUUUUAUCUGACUUUGGAGCACAAGAGGCAGCUGAAGGAAGAAUAUGGAAUUGAGCCAUGGACAUUUAUCCAGAAACUAGGAGAUGCUGUCUUUAUUCCUGCAGGAUGUCCACACCAAGUUAGAAACUUAAAGUCGUGCAUAAAAGCUUCAGUUGAAUUUGUCUCCCCUGAAAACGUUGGUGAGUGCUUACGUCUGACAGACGAGUUCCGCGCACUUCCACUAAAGCAUAGAGCUAAGGAGGACAAAUUGGAGGUGAAGAAAAUGAUUGUUCAUGCUGUACGUGAGGCUGUGGAGAUUUUGGAGCAGGAUGUGAGGUUAUCUAGCGUUAGAAAUGUUAGUGGAAAGGAAGCUAUGCAACAACAGAAAGAAGGUAGAAGAGAAGAGGAGGAUGUCCAAAUUAUUGUAAAGAACCCUUCACAGCCUUCUACAUGUCAGGGUAACUAUGCAAACAAAUCGAGAGAGGAAGCAGCUAGAGGGAGAUCAUAUCAAGGAAAGGUAGAAUUGCAAAAGGUUCAAAUUCUGGAGGAGCAGCCACAAGAAGCAAGUAGAGUAGAUGAAGACGUCCAAAUUCCUAAGGGACACCCUUCACAGUCAUCACAACAUAUACAGUCGACUGCUUAUGUUGGUAGCCAGACAGAAGGAGGGGUACUGAAAAUAACACGUGGAGAAGAUGAAGAGGUCCAAAUUCUUGAGGAGCAGCUUCUGCAAUCAUCACAAACUGUACUGGCUUUUCUUCAUGCUGGUACCAUUGAACAUGCAUCUAGGGAGGAAAAAUCUGGGUGGCGACUACAACAAACAAGUGGAGAAGAUGAAGAGGUCCAAAUUCAUGAGGAGCGGCCUUGGCAAUCAUCACAACAUGUACAAGCCAGUCUUCACCCUUGCCAAUCAUCAAAACCUGUACAAGCAACUCUCCACAUAGGUAGCAUUGAACAUGCAUCAAGAGAGGAAACAUCUAGACAGGGACCGCAAGAAACUAGUGAAGAAGAUGAAGAGGUCCAAAUUCUUGAGGAGCAGCUUUGGCAAUCAUCACAACAUGUACAAGCCAGUCUUCAUGCUGGUAGCAUUGAACAUGCAUUGAGUGAGAAGAAAGUUGGACGGCGACCACAAAAUGGAAGUGGAGACGAUGAAGAAGUCCAAAUUCUUGAGGAGCAUCAUUGCCAAUCAUCAAAACCUGUACAAGCAACUCUCCAUGUUGGUAGCAUUGAACAUGCAUCAAGAGAGGAAACAUUGAGACAGAGACCGCAAGAAACAAGUGGAGAAGAUGAAGAGGUCCAAAUUCUUGAGGAGCUGCUCUGGCAAUCAUCACAACGUGUACAAGCCAGUCUUCAUGUUGGUAGCAUUGAACAUGCAUUGAGUGAGACGAAAGCUGGAUGGCGACCACAGAAAACAAGCGGAGAAGAUGAAGAAGUCCAAAUUCUUGAGGAGCAUCAUUGCCAAUCAUCAAAACCUGUACAAACAGUUCUUCACAUUGGUAGCAUUGAACAUACAUCAAGAGAGGAAACAUCUAGACAGAGACCAAAAGAAACAAUUUGGGAAGGUGAAGAGGUCCAGAUUCUUGAGGAGCAGCUCUUGCAAUCAUCACAUGUACAAGCCAGUGUUCAUGUCGAUAGGAUUGAACAUGCAUCGAGAGAGAAGAAAGCUGGAUGGCGACCACAGAAAACAAGUGGAGAAGAUGAAGAAGUCCAAAUUUUGGAGCAGCCUUGCAAAUCAUCAAAACCUCUACAAGCAACUAUUCACAUUGGUAGCCUUGGAUCUGCAAUGAGAAAAGAAAAAUUGGGAGGACGACAGCAUGAAGAAAGGGGAGAACAAGAAGUGGUCCGAAAUCUUGGUGAUAAGCCUUCAGAGUUAUCACAACCUGUACCUGUCCAGCCCACUGUUGAUAUUGAUAAAGCAGUGCAGCAUCUAGAUGAGCUCGUGGAAUUCCUUCAACAUUUUGAACAGAGAAGGAUGCCGAUGGGAGGGAGAGAUGGAAGAAUCAGUUCUCAGUUCCAGCUUAUAUGCUCAGAGUUCUUGACUUUAUCAUUGGAUCUUGGUGAUGCACCUAAUGAUACAGAACCUCACACAUGA